CUGAUUCCUUCAUGGGAGUGAAGCAAGAAGAGAGAUCGAUCGGACGACUUCGCCGGGAAGCCUAUACGUCCCCUCGCUGGAGCCAUAGUUCAACGCCUUGCAGAGACGCCUGACCACAGUCGAGCACCCGGAGAGAAAUGGAGGCCUUCGUCCUUUGACGCUCCUCUUCUUUCCGCAUCCACCCGAUCAAAGCGCCCGCGGUUCGGUGUCGGAGAAGAGAAGAGGAGAAGCCAAAAUUUUGAAAGUUUGACCGCCAUGAGAGCGUUCGGCUUCUGAGAUUAGGCCGCCCAUCGCACUUAAGGGAGGGGAGGAUGGUGUGGAAGAGGCCCCAGACUCCCCUGCCUCCGGAGGAACCGGCAUCCGCCGCUUCCUUGACUGGCAGUGGCAGCAAGACCGUGGUCCUCAAGGAACCCGGGAGGAGACGAGCAAGGUUUGCGGAGAUGGCUGGGGAGACGGCGGCGGAGUGCGCGGCCGUCUGUUGUUGCUGCCCAUGCGGCCUUGUGAACCUCCUCGUGGUCGUGGUGGUGAAGCUGCCGGCGGGGCUCGUCCGUAAGGCGCUGCGGCGGAUCAGGAACAGGUCCCGUAAGAAAGCCGCGGUCUCGCGACCCAAAGUCGGUGCCUUGAACCACGACGACGACAGCAUUCGCCGCGCGGCUCUCCUGGCGACGGCCGGAAACAAGGAAGCGUGGCCGACAAAGUCGCCGUCAGAGGAGAUAUUGGAAUUGGAGAAGGUGAUGUUGGCAAACUUCUACGGCGCGGGGUUUUGGCGGAGCCCGUCCCAGAGGGAAUCCAGUGGUAAACCUCUGUUCCAAUUUCCACGGUAAAAGGAGAAGCAGAAGGUUCAAAGGUGGCAUCUUUUACUAUUCUGUUCGAAUUAAUGGAAGAAUCAUCGUUCCAUUGAAGCUGAUCACUUGUUUGAAUCCACUCGAAAAGCUAUUGGAUUCAGUCCGCGGAAAUGUUUGAAUAAUCAUCAAGAUAUGUGUCAUUUCCAGAAACGAAUACAUCAAAAUGCAAGAUAUGUAUGAACAGUUUAA